GAACACCAUGUACCUAGCUAACAGAGCUCUACCUUGUGUGCAAUGGAAGCCUCAUGACUCAGCUUUUCAGCAUGACAAAAUCUCUUCGGCAACCACAGAUAUGUGCCGGUGCCAUGGUCACUGCUGGUGUUUUCCUUGGACCUGUAGCCUCCUGUUUUUGCACCUCUUUUCACAACACAAAGAGCCCAUUGAUGUGGAUUGAGAUGAUGCUCAUUUUGUCUCAGGCCUGUGGCACUAGUGGUGUGGAUUGGAAAGCUGAUUACCCAAAGGUUGUUUUUACCAAAAUGGGAGAAGAUGUGACCAUACCAUGCAAUGUUACCUAUCCCCCGUCCCCAUCUAAAGAGCCUGUCCAGGCCUACUGGAAACGCCUGGGAAAUACUAAACUAAACAUCAAUGAUAAUGACAAGAAUGAAUUCCUCUAUCACCCCAACAACACAUUCGUAAUCAAGAGUUUUCAAACCAGGACCAACCUGACAGGAAAUGUCACUAAGAGAAACUGCUCCCUGAAGAUCAAUAUAAUUCAACAUGGCGACAUUGGGCGCUUCUACUACUUGAGAAUUGCCACUGGAGCCGACAACUUCAGUUUUAAUAAAGAACUUGUCUCCAUUCAAAUAUCUGGAACCUCCGGGACUAUUUCAAUCAUACCAAUGGACAAGUCAAACACAGUUGAUUCCACAACUACAGUCCCACUAGCCACCACAGAAUUGUUUGAGGACGCGCUAUCCACGACCACAUAUAUUGCCACCACGGUCCCAGUGGUUGRAGUURUYCUGGUUGCUGUAUUGGGYAMUGUUUGGUUCUUCAAGUACAGGAAAAGGUCCAGGGGUGUCACUAAGCAAGAGUCUGGAUAUUAUGCUAAUUUCACCAUGACAACUCCAACGACCAAACCUGAAAGAGUCAAAACUACAAAGAAGAAAGAUGACACCCAAAUUCCUCCUCCAAAGGUCAUCGAUGAGCCCGUCUAUGGCAACGUCCAGGGUCCAGACGAUCCGAUGGACAGUAUGGAUCAAAUGGACAGUGUAUAUGCAAAUGUGGAUCAUGCAAAACAGUGAUGAAGCUGCAUCUCAGAUAUCAGCACUGCUUAAUAAUACUUGUUGAAUGUGUGUGUGUGUGUUUUAUCUUGAUUGUUUUCUUGUCAAAAGGCAGCUUACAGUGUCAGCCCUCAUUUUUCAUAUCCUGUUUGACUUUCACUUGGUUAGACAAUAAUAUGUGCAGUUUGUUUGUUAAAUGUAAUAUACAUAAUUCAGUAUGUAACUAUUUUUUAAAGGACUGGCUUUCAAAUAAACAUACUUACUGAGAUGAUAUGCUA